GUAUACGUGAAUACAAGGGUUAUCUUAUCGAUAUACUACAAGGUUACGACCCAAUGCUGAGAUUUACUAAGAAAAUUAUGUUUCACAAACGCAAUGUGGAUGUCCAAUGUAUUGUUUCUUUUGGCACCAUACAUCCUCGUGUUGACCGGCCACGGCGCUGAAGAAACGGACUUAUACUAUUAUGGACUGGAAGAAAGCGAGCGCAGUUUGCCGCGCUGCUCGGCGCAGCAGGCAUGCGCGGCCGUGCUGCAGCGCUACUGGCGGCCGCGCGCGCUCGUGCGCCUGUGCCGCUGCGCGCGCCGCACGCGCUGCGACACGCCCGCGCCCGCGCCCGCCGCAAGGCUCAUCGCACUCAACAAUCGCACCCACUUACAGUUUUGUGAACCUGUUACCGACUGGCGAAUGUGCACCUUUAAUGAAAAACCCCUCUCCAUUAUCACAUCUUCCAACCAUAUGAAUCCUGAUGAGCUUGAAGAGCAGCAUCAUAGGAACAUACAGCUAACACCACCCACAAUAACAUUGAAUUGUCGUUGUCACGACCCCAAUUAUUGGAAAUUAAAUAGCAGUUCUGGAGACACACAUAUUUACCAAUGCGCAUCAUUGCCGCUUUGUAACACUAAUGAAUUUUGCGGAAAUGUGAGCUUCCAUCUCUAUGCCUUAUAUCAAUCAUGUGUGUGCCCUAAACAUCAUAUUUGCGUGCAUAAUGGUGGUGUUCCAAAAAUGCAUAUUGAUGAAUUGUUAUACAAUGGAAAUGGGUGGGAAGCUUACUGUCAAAGAGUGGAAAAAGACUACAGUUAUGAAGACUACUGAUAACACUCACUUGCAUUGGUUGAAUAGCCAUGUCUUUGGCGAUAUUGCGGAGUUGUUCUUGAAAACGUUCUGGCCACAAAGUACGGCUGACGAGGCCAUACCGCAGAGCAUCAGAAGCAGAUAGUCUAUGGCCAAACACCAUUAAAUCGCUCAGCUGUAAUCAGAAAAAAUAAUCCUUACAAAAUAAUACCUAGCUUUAGGUUUUAUAACGAAUAUUUACUUUCAGUCCAUUGCAUAAUAAGCCUCAAUACUCCAAUAUUUAUAUAUUUUUUUUAAAUAAGGUAAAUAUAUCAAGCAAAAAACUCUUUAAAAUUUUAGUGUCAUAAAACUUACCAAUGAUUUUGACAUUUGGUUACUUGAAGCAAUAAGUACAGAUAAACCAGGUACAAGUGGACCAUGCCUUGAAUGCUCAGUUGAGAACUUGUUGGCAUCUAGUACAAAACUUGCACUUUCUGAAGCCAAUGUGACAUCACUCAUGGCAAGCAAAGCCAGGCCCAAACUUGAGCAACUUGAACCUACUCCCAUACACAACAGCUUACAAUGUUGAUCCAUUGUCAAUAGUAAAGAUCUGAAAAUAAUAUAUAUAUAUUUUUAAUUAAUAUUUAGGUACAUCGUAUUUUAUACUCUAGAUAAAUUAAAAUUAAUUAAAGUCCUAAUAACUAUUAAAAUGUUAAUAUACUCAAUUUAUAAUCGCUGUCAUUUUCAAUGUUUUGUAUUUUUUAACCUUUACAAAUAUUUUUAAAACACUUUUUACCAUU